AUGAAGGCUCCUGAGUAUGAGGUGGAUGGAGAUCAAGACGGAUCCGGAUGGUCCGUCGAGGAUCUGAAGUACUCGUACCACCGGAAGGAGCUACGCGACUUUGUAUGUCAGGAUCCGGUGAUGACGAUCCUGAAGCUGAAGCGGAUCGCGGAGCCAAAGGAUCCAGUAACUGCCCCAGCAGUUGUAACCAACAAGCUCGACGCAGUAACAGUCCUGAUCAAGCUGCUGAAGGAAUCCGGCAUGAUCCCCGGAUCCUUCGAGACGGAUGAUCUGUUCGACCUGGAGCUGACCGUAAUACAUACCACAAGCCGAGAUCUCUUCGGAAAGCUGAAGAUCCUGGUUGGCGAAGUGCCCCAGAUCGCGGAUCCAGUAUCAUCACCCCAGAUCGACGUAGUGGACAACCUGACGGUGGCAUCACACUACACAUCUGCUGCCGAAGACGGAUCAGACACCUCAUCGGAACCCGGCGUAUAUGUCGACAUGGAGUCGAUCCUAUCAUCGGAUCGUGGAUCCAACUGGGAAUAUGAUCCGGACGAUAUUGACUUCCCGGCACCCGCCCAAGCGGCUGUGGCCACUGCCGCAUCCGGAUCCACUGGAUCCACCAUGAUCCAACGAGUCCGGAUCUCGACGAUCUCCGAUCUGAAGGAGUUUUCAGUCAAGAUCGUUGGCAAGAUCCACAAUGAGAUGGCGAUGUUACUCCUAGAUACUGGUGUCGAUAUGUCCAUCGUGGAUACCGCAUUUGCUCGUAAGGUUGGGUGCUACAUCGACUCGAGUCAGAUCCAAGAUUGUGUGGGGAUCGGCGAUAAUGUGUAUCGAACGGAAGGAAGAACGCGGAUCAAGGAAGCUAUCCUAGGCAUGGACUUCAUGGUCCCGGCUGGGAUCCGCCUGGAUCUCGCUCACGGAUUCAUCAGCUUGCCCGACGAAGUCCGGAUCCAGCUUAGCGGAAGGCGACAGCUUUACAGCGACAAGGCCAGGAUCGACUUCGGAUCACGAGAAAUUCUGGGUCACCCGUGGAGAGUCCAUGGUCCGGGGAAGAUCCGAUACAUGAAGAUCACGAACGUCGGCGACAAAGUGCUGAUCCUCCAUCAGGACCUGCGGAUCGGGAUCUGGCUGGCCGGCGAUCAUGUCCCGCAACUGCCAGACUCGGAUCCGGAUGCGGAAGAUCCGCCAAGGCCUGCGGUGGAGCGCCCCGAGUAUGAAACUCCGCGCGAAAUACUGCAACGACCAAGGCCGACGACGAUCAAGUGUCUGAAGGGCGGAUCAGGUGGAGAUCGAAAGGUCUCUGACCACCCGCCUUUGGAUAAUCCGCCGUCGGACUAUCCGCCGCUGGGUUGUCGACCGUUGGAGGUGGCGUCUGCGCUGGACGAUCAGGAUCCAGGCGUAUCAGGUAUUACAACAGCGGAUCUGCCCCUGGCCGAGGAUCCAGCCGUGGAAACGGUAUUGGCAGAGGAAGCUCCUAGUCGUGUAACUGGCGCGGAUCAAGAUUCACCAGUUCAGGAAGUCCAAGAUCCGAAGGUGGCGAUGUUGAAGGGUGAUGGGUCGCACCCAUCAUCAUUGAUGGGUGUAGAAUCUGGUACGAGCCAUAAGUUGGGUGACCCGUUGGACCAGAAGGACGCCACGUCUAUGUCACAGAAAAAGGACGAGGAUCCCGAUCUCUACGCUGAAGAUGUCGACGGACAACUAACGGUACUGCCUGAAAUCCCAGCAACGACGGAAGAUGUGAGGAUCGAGGAUAUCCAAUUGUGCAGAUCUGACAAUCAGACGCUUGAAGAAAUCGACCGACUCCACCAGCAGAUCUGGAAGUUCAGACAUCUCCUGAUCGGCAAGGGGAAUGCGCUCCCAUCAGCGGCCCGAGGGGUUGUGUGUGGUAUUGAUGUGGGAGGAGCUAGGCCGAUCGCGCUUAAGUGUCGAAAGCUGCGGAUCCAGUUCCGAGAGAAAUUGGCAGAGUUGAUCAAGGGUCUCCUGUCAGCUAAGAUGAUCAACCACUCAAGAUCUCCAUGGGCAUCGCCGAUCGUCGUGAUCAUCAAGAAGAAAGAUGUGGAUAUACGAUUGAGCAUUAAUUAUCGGUUGGUUAACAGUCUUACACAGCUGAUGGUUUACCCGACGCCGCUGAUCAACGAUCUACUGGAGGAUCUCGAGUCUACACUAUGGUAUUGCUCACUGGAUAUUGCGAGCGGAUUCUGGGUGGUGAAGAUGACGGAUCCGGCCCGUCUGAUCUCGGCCUUUAUUACCUCAUUUGGAUUUUUCGAGUGGAAUCGGAUGCCUUUUGGGCUGAAGAAUGCGCCGCAGAUCUACCAGCCGAUGAUCGACAAUGCCCUGUAUGGGUUCACUCGGAUUCCAAAAAUGGCAGGUGAUCUUGAGCAUCUGGAUGUAUUCGAGGCCGGAGAGCCCGAAGAUCCGGGCAAACCAUCCGUGUUAGGACGCAGAUCCUAUAUCGACGACAUCUUAGUGCCAGCGGAUAACUGGGAUCAGCUAUGUGACCGAGUCGAAGAUCUCCUGGAGGCGUGCGACAAAUGGAACUUGUCGAUCAGCGUUGUCAAGAGUUUCUGGGGCAUGCCCAAGGUGGAAUAUCUCGGUCACAAGAUAUCGCACGACGGGCUGGAGGCGAAUCCAAAGGAUCUGUCGGCGCUGACGGAUCUCGAGUUUCCCGGAUCCCUGCGUGCCAUGCAAUCCUUUUUGGGCAGCCUGAACUAUUACAGUCGCUUCAUCGAAGAUUACGCGAUUAACGCGUCUGUGCUGUAUGCAUUGAGGGAGAUCGACCAUGCUGCGAUGGAGAAGGGCAUGAAUCGAAGCCGGAUCCAGCUAGCACUAGCAUCGGAAUCCCCGGAUCCAGACAUGUUGACUAAGGAUCCGACGAGUCCGCAACUCUUGGAUCCGAAUCCGCGGGGUCCUGAUCCCGAAGUUAGCGAUCAAGAUCCGAACCUAGCGUCACGGGAUCCGACGUCCGAUUGUGUGAAGGCAUCGAACCCCGAGAAGGACAAUCUUGCGGAUCUGGAUCCCCGGUGGAUCCAUGCUCACAGAUCUUUCAAUGUACUACAAGAGAAGAUCGUGAAGACCCCGAUCCUGCGCCACUUCGAUCCGGAUCGACAAGCUGUGGUGGUUGUAUAUGCCAGUGAUUGGGCGAUCUCCGGUGCAUUGAUGCAAGAAUAUGAUCAGGUUUACUAUCCGGUGAUGUUCGCGAGCCGUACGUUGAAGUCCAACGAAUUAAAUUAUGGGAUCGCAGAGAAAGAGGUGUUGGCAUUGUUGCGGAUCCUGGAUCUCAACUAUAAUACUUUGGUUGGGAGACCGAUCCGAGUGCUGACGCGACAUUCCACACUGGCUUGGUUAUUUAGAUCCAAUGCACUACAAGGUCGCCUGGGACAGUAG